AUGUCGAAGAAGGCAGUGCAGGCUCGAUGCCUGCUCUCCGGGCCUGGGUCCCCGGCCACUGCCUCGGUGCCCCUUGGGUCGGGCAGGAUCUCGUGCCCCACGACGCUGAUUGCCGAGCUAGAAAUCGGGAUUGGCGCAGCAGUGAAGGUUGAGGUGGCAUUCGCCGACACGAAGUACCUGUUCCUGUGCACCGUGGCGGCCUCGCCCGGCGCUGCACAGAGCGACUCCAAGCCUGUCGUCAUCGUCGAUCCCAGCAUCCAGCUCCCAGCGGCCAAGGGCGCCGCAUGUGCGUCGCUGUCGGCGCUUCUGCAGCGCAACGCGGGCACCGCGCCGCGCACGCUGCCUUGUAGGAUCAGGCCCCUGACGGUCGGCGCCCCGAGGGUGCAAGCCGCCCGAGAGGUCCAUCUCUGGACCACGCACGCGCUCGCAACCUCGGAGACCCUUCCAAUGCAGGUGUCCCAGCGGCUCGCCGUCUCCGGGGCCUGGAUCCACCUGUGCCCGGGCGUCCCGACCAGCGCUCUGCUCGUCGGCUCCACGGACCCCAAGUCGGACGCAGCAAGGCCUGUCAGGAUUGUACCGUCCACGAAGCUAAACACCUCCACGUGGGAGGACGAGGGGGCGCCCGCGCGGCCAGAACCGCCGCAAAACACCGCGGACGUCGACGCUCUGGCGCGGGGCAUCGCUGACGUCUCGAUCGGCGCCGUCGACCAGUCGGAACGCCGAGACGACGCCCACGCAACAACAGUACCUGCGGAGCACGCCCUUCCUGCCGCACAGGCGAGUCCUGCGCGGUGUACGGAUGGCGGCAGGGAGCAGGCGGCGUCUGAGAGGGCGUCGCCGGGCGCCGCGUCCGCGGAUACCGCGCCUGUUGCGAGAAGCAACCGGGGGAAGGUAGAAGGGAGCUGUGCGGACGCGCGACCGAGCACGAGAGUGGUGAUCGAGGUCGAGGCGCCCGGGGACCGUGGAGGGGGCGGAGCAGCAGGGGCGCCGGAGCGGGAGUGGUUCGAGACAUUUCCAGUCGAGAAACUGGGUCCUCCAGCGGAGUCUGUCAUCCAUGGCUGCAGCGCAGCGCUCGCAGCGCUGCGCCAGGUCGUUGCGUGGCCCUGGCUGUACGGUAAGCAGGCGGACGACCUCGGCCUUCGCUGGCCGCGCGGCGUGCUCCUCCACGGCCCGUCAGGCUGCGGCAAAACCGCCCUGGUCCACGCCGUCGCUGCGGAACACGGCGCGGCCGUCGUGGAGGUCGUGGCUGGCAGCGUGUACGGCGGGUACGUCGGGGAGUCCGAGCGGCGCCUGAGGGAGGUCUUCGCAGAGGCGAACGAGCGCGCGGCGCGCGGGGAGCGCGUGCUGCUGCUGUUGGAGGAGAUCGACGUCAUGUGUCCGGAGCGGGAGGGGCACCGGCCGCACGAGGUGCGGGUGGUGUCGCAGCUGCUCACGCUGCUGGACGGGGCGGCGAGCAGCGGAGUGCACCCGAUAUUCGGCGGGGCUGAGAAGGUCAACAGGCCUGCAGUCGUGGCAACGACGACGAGGCCGAACAAGAUCGACCAGGCGCUGCGGCGGCCCGGGCGGCUCGACCGCGAGAUCGUCGUCCCCGUGCCCGCCCCGGCCGACCGCGUGGCGAUCCUCCGCGCCCUGAUGGCGAACACAAGCCUGGCUGAUGGUGUCAGUGUGGAAGAGAUUGCAGAGGCCGCGCACGGCUACACAGGAGCCGACCUCGGGCAGGUGGUGCGCGAGGCUGAGAUGAUCGCGAGCUUCGAGGCGCGCGAAGAGCGCGACCCAGGCCCGGCCAACCCCCGUGUGUCCGCGGGCCUCCUCAGAGCCGCGAUGAAACGCGUGGGCCCGAGCAUCACGCGUGGCAUCGCGACGGAGCUCAAGCCAGCGCGCUGGCACGACGUCGGGGGCCUCGACGACGUCAAAGCGAGGCUGCAGCAAAGCGUCAUCUGGCCGCUGACACGCGCGAAGGACUUUCGGCAUUUCGGGCUGACGCCGCCGCGAGGGGUGAUGCUCCAUGGUCCGCCAGGGUGUUCAAAGACGCUGCUCGUGCGCGCGUGCGCGACGGAGUCAGGAAUCACCAUCGUGUCGCUGUCCUGCGCGCAGCUUUUCUCGCAGUUCGUCGGGGAGGGCGAGGCGCAGCUGCGCGAGGUGUUCUCGCGCGCGCGGCUCGCCGCGCCGUGCAUCCUGUUUCUCGACGAGAUCGACGCGGUGGCCCCGCGGCGGCAGGGGGGGUCGGAGGGGGGGUCGGAAGCUGCGUACCGCCUGCUGUCAGUUCUGCUCACAGAGAUGGACGGGAUGGAGCUCGCGACGGGCGUCCUCGUUGUCGGCGCCACGAACCGACCCUACGCCAUUGACCCAGCAAUGCUGCGCCCUGGCCGGCUGGAGGUGCACCUCUUCGUGCCGCCGCCGGACCUCGAGGGCCGCGAGGCGGUGCUGCGCAUCCACACGCGCCGGAACCGGCUGGCGGACGACGUCGACUUGUCGGCUGUCGCACGCGCGACGGAAAAGUACACUGGAGCGGAGCUGGAGGCGGUGUGCCGGGAGGCUGCCAUGAGCGCGCUGCGGGAGGACGUGGAGCACGCGGACACGGUGCGCGCACGGCACUUCGAGGAGGCCCUGGAGUCAGUCCGACCAGGCCUGACGCAGGAGAGCCUGGAGGACUAUUCGUCGUUCGGGAGCAGGAAGGGGGCGUGGAGCGAGGCGAUGCGGGAGCGCAUCGAACAGACCGCGAGGCAAGAGCGCUGA